AUGUCACAGGAAGACGAUUUGAUCCCAGAGGAUACUCCUGGAUUUGUUGUUGGGGAGAAGAAGACAAUCGAGGAGUACGCGAAGUUGGACGCGGAGGACGAAUCGCUGGCCAAAUGGAAGGCCUCCCUUGGUAUCACCACCGACACCUCGGAACUUUUGCCUGUUGCCGCUGGAGACAAGCGCAGGCUCGUAAUCUUGGAGAUGGUAGUCGAUGUUGAAGGUCAGGACCCGAUUAUCGUGGAUUUUUCACGCGACUCAGCUGCCCAGAUCGAGAGCAAGAAGCCCCAAAUCAAGAUCAAAGAGGGCUCCAUCUAUACGCUCAAAAUCAAGUUCCGCGUGCAGCACGAGAUUGUCACGGGAGUGAAGUAUCUUCAGGCCGUGAAGAAAGCCGGAAUUACCGUGGACAGGGUGGAAGAGCCCUGCGGGUCGUUCCCUCCAAACACUGUGAACAAGCCUUUCCACGAGAAACAGUUUCCCGAGGUGGAGGCACCCAAGGGGAUGUUGGCAAGAGGCUCGUACUCUGCGGUGUCAAAGUUUAUUGAUGAUGAUAAGACUGUUCAUUUGGCAUUCCCAUGGACGUUACAGAUCGUCAGGUGA